CAUGCCUUCAAAGGCCAAGGCUGGGUUCCCCCCCCCCGUACGGCGGAUUGUUGCUUGUAUUGUAUUUGCAUACCUUCUUGCUGCGGAAACAUUCUGUGAAAACUUUACGUUCAAAAUUCGUAUGUCUGAGAUAAAUAUCGUCUCGUUCAGUCUCGUUCUUGUACCUGUAUAUCUGUCUCCGUGCAUUCCAACCACCCAUACUCGACGGCUAUCCACGGCCCUACUCGUCUACCGAGCCGUACUGUACGGAAAGUACCAUCCGGAAAUAAAAUACUCGUUAAUAGGAAUUAUCCGCACUACUGAAUUCGCAUUCACCGCGGCUGCGCCGGAAAUAUCCCUUUAAGCGCGUCACCGGCGAGCUGUGUCUUCACCG